GCUCAGCGGUAGAGCGCUUGCCUAGCAGGCCCAAGACCCUGGGUUCGAUCCCCAGCUCCGAAAAAAAAAAACUAAAUAAAUAAAACACAGAUAAAAUCAAAUCAUUUUGGGGAGAAGAAUGUCUAGGAUAAAUAAGAUCUUGUCCUGUCCACAUUCUUCUUAGAAGACAGUGCGCCUCUGUCGUGCCCCAGUAAUCUUGUUGAGUCUUGAUAUACAUCGCAGAUCAAAACAUAAAGGGCGCUGGUGCUGGGUGGAGGACCCGUUGGUCCCGGCCUGUGGGCUCACAGGAGGUUAGAGGUAGCUCGUGGCUUCUCGCUGCGCAAGCGCAUUCAAGAUGUACUAUAUCCUUCCGCAUCUACACAAUGGCUGGCAGGUAGACCAGGCCAUCCUUUCAGAGGAGGACUGCGUGGUCGUCAUUCACUUCAGACACGACUGGGGCCCCACUUGCAUGAAGAUGGACGAAGUUCUGUACAUCAUCGCCGAAACGAAAUGGAAGAUACGUUGUUUUGUGAACAAUUAUAUGGUCGAUUUUGGAGAAGUCCCUGAUUUUAAUAAAUUAGCUCAGUUGUAUGACACAUGCUCCACUAUGUUUUUCUUCAGAAGCAAAUAUACCAUGGUUGAUUUGGGCACUGGAAACAACAAAAUCAACUGGACCUUGGAAGACAAGCAAAACAUGGAUGACCUCAUAGAGACCAUAUACCAUGAUGCCUGCAAAGACCAGAGUCUGGUGGCAUCUCGCAAGGACUAUUCUACAAAGUACAGAUAUUAA